AUGGAAAAGCCGCUACUCAAUGCUAAUGAUGACCACGCAGAAGAAGACGACGAAUCGCUCUGGAACGAGCUCAAGGACGACCACCGUACGCCGUUAUACGGCGAAACAAGUCACCAAGUCUCAUCAGUAGGUGGUCAAGCAAGUGCUGCGUCCUCACGAGCCAUGCCGCUGCCGUCGCUGCGUGUCAACGUCCACCUUCCAGCCAUCUCGACACUCUUCCGUGAGGUGCUGGACACUGCCAAAGCAGCGCUGCCAGGCGCUCAACGUCGAGCUAAUGGCGAUGAAAAGGCUCCUACUAGUAAUCGAGUGUCUCCUGUACCCGAUCGCUAUGGAAAUGUUGCCAAUCUGGACGCAUUUCUCAUCACUUUGUACAAUUACUACUACCAUAAAGGCUUUUGGAGCAUUGUGAUAGUAGAACUAUGGAGGCCGUUGCUGGAGUGCCACAGACACCCAGAGAGUGGAGGCUGUGCUCAGGAGAUGGAGCACUACAUCACGUGCAGAACAGACAAUAACGGACUACUGGGACUUAUUGGGGCUUUUUACUUUGCCAUGUUUUUCGUGUAUUGGAUCUCGAGAGCUUUCCAACUAGUGGGAACGCUGAGAGAUACUAGACAGAUGGAGGUGUUUUACAAAGAACGAUUGCAUAUUGGAGAACGACAAGUACAGACCAUUUCGUGGGAUGAAGUGGUCACGAGAGUGCUGGAUCUAGUAAACGGAGCAAACACAGCCAUGAAUAUGAGGCAGCUGUCGUCUUAUAAGCUACAGAUCGACCCAGCGUUACUAUCGUCGCCGCACGACUUUGCCAGACGUAUUAUGCGGCGGGACAACUACCUUAUUGCUUUCAUGAAUCACUCGCUAUUUCGAAGCAAGAGUUUAUUGCCCUCGUCACUGCAGUUUCUUUCAACAUCACAUAUUAUGUGCUCGAGGAACAUGGAGGCCAAUCUGAACAUCUGUCUACUCGAUCAAAUGUUCGACGCCAAGCUAAACUUGGCUCCGUCAGUGAUCCACAGCGUAGAGAUGCUCAAGAAACGCUUUGUAAUUGCGGGUGUGCUCAACUUUGUGCUGGCGCCCUUCAUCUUGCUAUACCGCCUUUCGCGUUUCUUCUUUUUGGCGGCUCAGGAAUGGCAAACAAACCGUGUAUACUACUUUGGCACACGUCGCUGGUCAGCGUAUGCUAUCUGGCGAUUCCGAGAGUACAAUGAACUCCCGCAUGUUCUCGAUGCACGCAUGGCGCGUUCAUACGCGCUGGCAGACCGCUAUUUAGGCAUGUUUCCUGCCGGAUCGUUGGCUAUUGUCGCUGGUGGCAUCUCCUUCUGUGCGAGCUCGUUAAUGGCUGUUCUCGUUCUUGUAAGUCUGCUGGAGGAAUCUGUGCUACUGCAAACGACAUUGUUUGGCCAUGAGCUGUUGUGGUACCUGACCGUAUCAACGGGUGUGUUCGCGUUGUCACGAUCAUUUACGUCUUCGACCUCGCCUUUUUUGGUCAAUGGUGACUGUGAAGAAGCUAUGAUGGAAGUUUUUGCGGAGACGCACUACUUUCCUAAGGAAUGGAGAGGCCAGUGUCAUUCAUUCGAGGUCCGGGACGCGUUCACUGUGUUAUUCCCAUACAAGGCUGUGCUCUUCGCUGAGGAGUGUGUUUCCGUCUUGUUGGCUCCAUAUAUCUUGUGUGUGUCAAUGCCUCAGCUUGCUCGCGAGAUUUUGCUUUUCUUGCGCUCCCAUUCUCUAGUACACUCUAGUACAGGAGCUGUGUGUCGAUUCGCAGAAUUCGAUUUUAAGGAAUAUGGUAACGAUGCCAAGAUGGAAAGCUCAUUCGUCAAUUUCAAGCAGAACCACCCGAAGUGGGUCGGUGCACGCGAAGGUGAGGUGCUCAUGCAACGCCUAGGCAAGCUGAAGGAGGAAGAGAUGGAGAAAUCGAUGCGGAUGGGUGACACCAUGAUGUACAGUGGUCACAUGUCGAUGUCUCAGCAGCUUAUGCAGUCGCAGGCUAUUCAAAACGUGUUGAGUGGUGGGCGUAUGAGCGGCUACAUGCCUCAGGACAAUGAGUUCUAUUGGUUGGAGAAGCUCCAUCAACAAGGUCAGUUGGACGAAUUGGAUCUGGAGGGCAUGAAGGGCGACCCUGCUGAUAGUAUUUCCAUUUCAAGUCUUGGCUCUCCGUGA